AUGACAGGUAUUGCUUUACGCGGCGGAGCUACGCUGGCCGCCAGAGAGCCUCGGCAGCGUCAGCGUCAGCGGCUGCAGCCGACAGAAGCGCGGCCGGCUCGUGUCCACGUGGAUGCGCAGUGCCAGCGCGCCCCCGCUGGCCCCCCACGUGGCCCCCCACACGCGCGCGCUGCUGGGGGCCAUCAGUGUGGCAGGUCAGUGGCUCCACACAGCUUCAUUAGUAUCAGCGGCUGCAGCAGACAGAAGCGCGGCUGGCUCGUGUCCACGUGGGUGCGCAGCGCCAGCGCGCCCCCGCUGGCCCCCCACGUGGCCCCCCACACGCGCGCGCUGCUGGGGGCCAUCGGUAUGGCAGCGCCUCACUUGUCAAGAUCUGAGGGCGAAGUGGAAGAGCUGCUGAGUCGUGCGAUGGUUAUCAUGUGCAUCGAGUCCGCUGCCACCGCCGCGCUAUCAGUGAGUUUCUUUUCAUAGU